AUGUCCGGCGAGUUUAAUGGGUUGCAAGCUAAAAUUAAAAGCGAGAACAAAUCAGCAUAUUACAUAUAUUGCUUCGCUCAUAAGCUCAACUUGGUUGUUGUGGCCAUUGCGAAGGACAUAUUUGAUGUUGGAGAUUUUUUUGAUAUGAUAUCAGUUCUCAUCAGCGAUUUGGAAAUGAUGAUGAUGAUAUUAGCUUUAACAAAUGAGUUGUCAAAAACCUUGCAAAGAAAGGAUAAAGACAUUAUAAAUGCUAUUUCAGAUGUGGAAUCUGCUAAGAGGGAGUUGAGAAAUCUUAGAACCAAUGAGGGCUUUAAUUAUCUUAUGAAGAAGCUACAUUCUUUCUGUGAGAAGUAUGACAUUUCAGUAGUGGACAUGGAAAAUGCCUACGUGAACCCAAAGAAGCCAAGACAGAAGACUGGGAUUAAUAAUGAGCACCACUAUUUAGUUGAUUGUUCCUUUGCUGCUCUAGAUUUACUAGGAGAAGAGUUCAAUGACAGGUUCAAUGAGGUAACAACAACUAUAUGCAAGUUUAUUAUUCUUGCUUGCAAUAUAAGAACUAUUGGGAUAUCUGAAGCUUUGUCAUCUAUAAAUUUUGUUCACUUCAGACGAUCUUUCCAUGGCCAUGAUGAAUCAGAAAGUUCUGAAAAUAAAUGAAAUUAUCGUGAAGUACUUGACUACACUAUCAAGCAGAAUGAUGUUUGUUUUGCAAGAGAAGUAUUGGGUUGUAUUAUGGAAAAAAUUGGCAAUGGUGUGUUCAGCUUACUGGUUGAUGAGUGUCGAGAUGUUUCCAACAAAGAACAAAUGGCAGUGGUUCUUCGAUAUGUUGAUAAAUGUGGGCUCGUGCAAGAAAAUUUUGUUAGUGUUACCCAUGUGGAGGAGACAUCAACUUCUUAUCUCAAGUCUUGCAUAUAUUUGAUAUUUGAAGAUCUUGGUUUGAGUCUAAAACAAAUUAGAGGACAAGGUUAUGAUGGAGCUAUUGUACUGAAUGUCGUGGGAGCAUCUUGUAAGAGAAAAGACCAACUUCGAGAGCAUCAUCGAGAAGAACUGAGGAAAGCAAUUGGGCGUGGAGAGAUUGCUACAGGAACCGGACUAAAUCAAGAACUAUCCCUUCAAAGACCAGGUGACACUCGUUGGAAUUCUCAUUAUAAAACAUUGUUGGGCUUGUCAAAGAUGUUCUCAUCAGCGGUUAAAAAGUUCAAUGAUAGGUUCAAUGAGCUAAAUUCAGAAUUGCUUCUGUGUAUGUACUCCUUGAACCCAAUUGAUUUAUUUUGUUGUUUUGACAAGGAUAAGUUGGUGGAGUUAGCUAAGUUUUAUCCGGAUGACUUUAAUCACAAUGAGACAGUAACUCUUAAGCAUGAACUUGGCCUAUACAUCGAUAAUAUACUCCAUGAUGCAAGGUUUUCUAACUUGGACAGUAUAACUGAUCUAGCUAAAUUGAUGGUGGAUACAAGGAAGCAUCUCUCAUAUCCUUUGGUAUAUCACCUUCUGAAGUUAGCGCUAACACUUCCCGUUGCCACCGCCACCGUUGAGAGAUGUUUCUCUGCUAUGAAGAUUGUGAAGAAUGCACUACGUAAUAAAAUUGGUGAUGAUUAUAUGAGUUAUAGCCUCAUUUGUUUCGUGGAAAAGCAAAUGCUGGAAACAAUUACUAAUGAAGUGAUCGUUGAUCAUUUUCACAAGAUGAAAAAUCGUCAUGGGAGGAAUGAAGUGUAA